AUGAAUUUUGAACUUAGCAAUUCAAAACAAAUUGGUGUUGGUUUAGCUCUAUUUGGCGUUACUUUUAUUGGAUUAGGAAUUGUUUUAUUUCUUGACAAGGCUCUUUUGGCUAUUGGAAAUUUAUUAUUUAUUGCUGGAUUAACACUAGUUAUUGGAAUACAAAGAACAUUUAUUUUCUUUUUUCAAUGGCACAAAAUUCGUGGCUCUGCACUCUUUUUUGGAGGGAUAUUUUUAGUUUUACUUGGAUGGGCGUUAAUUGGAAUUAUUGUUGAAAUAUGGGGAUUUGUGCUUCUUUUUGGCGGUUUUCUACCGUCAGCAGUUAAUUUUCUUCGUCAAAUGCCUGUAAUUGGGACAAUAUUAAAUUUGCCUGGAAUUCGGCAGUGUCUUGACAGAUUUGCUGUCGUGCACAAAUACCCAGUCUGA